AUGUACGUUACAAGGCCCCUUUCUCUCUACAGGUCUUCCCCAGGCGCAGCUUCCGAGCCGCUGCCUGAGGGUCCUUACUCGGGAUACCUGGUGAUCCAAGACAAGGCAUACGAGGCUCAGGUAACGACCUGCUGUGGGAUGUACCGAGACCAGUUUCUAUCCAAUCUCCCCUUCCCACAGAACCAGCUACUCGCCCUUCGCGCUAAAGAGGAAGCCUUCUUCGUGCCCGUCCCCGGAUUGCCCCUGUCGGCCAACCGGUACUACGUCGUCCACGCGAAGGGAAAACAUGCCGGGUAAUUCCCCUGCGAUUAUCUACCAAGUAUUUGUUUUUAUAUUCUAUCCAUCCUUCGCUAGGAUUGCACUACGAUUCUACGUUUAGAAGCAAGGCAUGUACAGGCGAAGCCAAGGACCAGGAAAGAGAGUGGCUUUAUCCAUCCUUAACAUGCACCCUAUAGUUCUUCUUCGCUAUAUAGCGGAAAAUGUAUUCCGUGCUGUAAUGCUAGCCUUCUGUCUCAUGGAGAUUAGAGCAGCAGUGUGUGCUUGCGUUUCAUCAUCGGCUAGACAAGCUGAAUCAUUUUGCGCAUUGCUGACGAUAAAUUUUUCUUUCGUCUAAUAGAUACUCGUUUCCAUAAUCUUUUGCUCAUGUGGAUAACCUCCAACUCUAUUUCUUCUUACGGCUGCAAGACGAGGCUUACUGGGAUAAAUGCUGCUGAAAUGUGCAAUAUUUGGCCCUCUGAUAGCAAAGAUAAUCCAACUAGAAUGUGAUAAGUUGCUACAUUAACCUUUUCGGCACCAUUAUAUAUAGAGAAAAUCUUUACUGCAGAGCCGUUGGCAUAUCCGUUACCUUCUAAUUUGUCGUGCCAACUUUUUGAGAAGGCCAUCGUUAUAUUUUUCUUUAAGAGGAAAUAUUAUGCCUUCUUUUUGAUGCACUUGAAUGCCACCAAAAUAGCUCACAAGACCCAUAUCAGUCGUCAUGUCCUUUCAGCACAGUCUCUUGAAUUCUCCAACCGUGUUGGUAGAAUUAGAUGUAUAAAUCUAGAGUGAAGGCUCAAAUGAAUUAAUUUGGAAAUCGUUUUCCUAAUAUAUUUGAAUCUGAUUAUCCAUUAUUUUCGAGCUUGUUUCAAUUCUUAAAAGGCCUUUUCUAGCUAAUAUUCGUUGUCCUCACUUGUUUUUCUCCGUCUUCAUUUGGUUCUUCAUUAAGAAUGUUGGUUUUUCAUCAGAGUAAUCAGGCCUUGUGAUCAAGCCUUGUGCUUCUGCAUGGAGGCAUCUUCCUAUAAGUUUGAGCUCUUAUUUUCUAAAACUUUUUUUGCCCUGUUCUUCAAUUUACCAGGAUGGUAUACGCGUGCUCAAGAGAGGAGGACAAGAGUAACUUCUUAUGCUGCUCCUGCGUAAAUGACGUGAAUCCGAGACCCUUUGGCAUGGGUGACAUCUACCAGCAAAUAGAAAUCGUCGCCCGCCGCACGAAAGGACAAUUCUACGCGAGAGCUGUCGCAACAGAUGGCUUCCCUCCAUAUUUUCUAAGGCUUAAAGAUUGGUGGCUCAAUACAGAUUUUAAGAGAAAACCAGGGCUGGACAUCGAGCCGGCUGCUGGGGUCAACGAGGCCCUCCGAGCACGCAUGCCCGACGCAGGCUUCCCCAUUUCUAGCCAGCGUUCCCCUGCAGCCGUCGUCGGGAAGUGGUACACUCCCUUCUUCUUCAUAAAGGAGGAGCUUUUCCGGCUGAAAGACCAGGUGAAAAGAUCGUUGUUUUACGAGGUGACCCUCGAGCAGUUUUGGGAGGCCAUUCACUUCAGUGAAAAUCGCUCUGGUGAAGGAAGAAGAACGGUAGAGGUGAGAGCUAGGGUCCAGACCGAGACGGCAAUGCUUUGUGGUGGAGAGCUCGUUGGGGACGUCUCACCAUCGGCCGACAGAGUGGUGUGGUUCAGGCCAGCUGAGUCCGUAACUGGAGCCGUGGGGCUGAGCAGUCCCAUUGUGGAGAGGAUGAGGUGGGAAGUGGCCAGAGCGGGUUGGGUUGCAGGUAAGUCUGGGGUGGACGUGCUGGAGAGGGAAGAGGAAUACCGUGGAGGCAGUGCGUGGACGGCUUUUGGAUGCUUCGUACUGGUGGAAAGGUUCUCGCUGAGGAGGUUGGAUGGGAGCUUAGUGCUUGGCUGUGAUUUCAGGUAUACCAACAAGAUAAUCACAAAGUGGGAGUGA